AGAAUACAUUCCCAGGAAAUCUUAGGACUACUACGACAACAAAGGUGAAGAACAGAAGGGGAAGGAAAGGGCAGUGUCAAGGGCAGCAUGGACGCAGAGACCUAGGCCCUGGGAAAUGUGGAAGGCAGUGCUUGCUACCCGUGGCUGCUCAAAGAGACUAUCGUGGAAAGAAAAGCUCAACUGCAGGGAAGAGUUGGUUCCCAGAAAGAGGCAUGCUCCUAGUGCUAGCCAGAGACAAAGAACCUCUAGACAAUCCACUUAUCUGCAACAAGAGUUACAGCCAAAGAACAUCAAGUCCAGCCUCCUGAACAGUUUCCAGAGAUGGCUUACCUUACUUGGCUUUUGGCUAUUCUUCAUGUGCACAAAGCUCUGUGUGGAGAGACAUUGUGGGACACAACUGUUCGGCUUUCUGAGACUAUGACUCUGGAAUGUGUAUACCCAUUGAUGGAUAACUUAACUCAGGUGGAGUGGACCAAGAACAUUGGCACAAACAAAGUGAGCAUAGCUGUUUACAACCCUAACCAUAAUAUGCAUAUAGACCCUAAUUACUUCCACAGAGUACACUUUUUAAACUCAACAGUGGGGUUCCGCAACAUGAGCCUUUCCUUUUACAAUGCCUCUGAAGCAGAUAUUGGCACCUACUCCUGCUUGUUUCAUGCUUUCCCACGUGGACCUUGGGAAAAGAAGAUAAAAGUAGUCCAGUCAGAUAGUUUUGAGAUAGCAGCACCCUUGGACAGCUACCUGUCUGCAGAACCUGGACAAAAUGUCACACUCAACUGCCAGCUUCAAAGGAUUUGGCUAGUGAAACAAGUCAUAUGGGAAAAAGUCCAGCCCCAUCAGGUAGACAUCUUAGCUUCCUGUAACCUAUCUCAAGGGACAAGAUACACUUCAAAGUACCCAAGACAAACGUGGAGCAACUGUAGCCAGGAGAGCAUGGAGAGUGUCCUCAUCAUCCCCUAUGCCAUGGCUGCUGACUCAGGACUUUACAGAUGCCGCUCUGAGGCCAGUACAGAAAACAACAAAACCUUUGUUAUAAGGCUGAUCAUAACUGAUGAAGGAACCAAUAAACAUUUUAUCCUUCCCGUCGUUGGAGGGUCAGCUUCACUGUUACUUGUCAUCCUAUUUGUCAUCAUUAUCAUUUUAUAUAACAGGAAGAGAAGGAGACAGGUGAGAACUCCACUUAAAGAGCCCAGGGAUAAACAGAGUAAGGUAGCCACCAACUGCAGAAGUCCCACUUCUCCCUUCCAGUCUACAGAAGAUGAAAAAGAAGACAUUUAUGUAAACUAUCCAACUUUCGCUCGAAGGCCAAAACCAAGAUUCUAAGUUGCUCUUUUGGCCUGAGCACAUUAGUGAUGACUUCUAUGGCAUGGAGUUUUACCCAUGCUCUCCUCACCACCAGGAUUUACAUUGAUAAAAAAUUGCAUUUAUUUCAUCUAAUAUAUAGAAGUACUUUAUUACCUGGGAACAUUCUUCAUAGAGAUGCAUUAGAAAACCCAAAUUUAAUGGAAUCAAGUGUUCAAGGAAUCUUCUUCCAUUAUGUAACAGAACAAUUUAGAGAGGAUUAAGCACCACAUGGCUUUCUCACUCUACUUGAAAUUAAUUGUGAGCAUAAGCUUGUUUCUGGAUCCUUCCUACAGUGUUGGUCUUACUUACUUACAUACUACUGGUCCAGCUUUCAUGCUGCUUCUCUCAUAUGCUCCCAUUAUGGUUGACAAGGACACUUGGUAGAAAGCUUACUGGUUAAACACAAGAAACAAAGUUUAUUAUUCACUUAUUAACAAGAAGGUAGCAUUACCAUAAAGGAUUAGAUAACCUAAAUUAGCUAUGGGUUCAAGACCAGGACUAAAGCAUUACUUGGGAAUUCUGAGUGUUGCUAAAUAGGAGGAUGAAAGGGACCUAGAAGUUGAGUUAUUCCUAACAGACGUUGACUGCAAAGACAUUACUCGGUAACCAGAUAACAAGUGAAUAUGCUAUAACAUCAGCAUAAUUCAAAAGAGUACAUGUAAAGGAAUGGCUAGGAAUGAGAUAGUUGUACAAUUAUUUCUUCUCUUUCUAGUUUCAAAUAAAUUCAUCUCUAAUUUUAUAGAAAGUUCUUGCCACCCAUUCAAGCCUGGCCUUCUAUACAGUGAGCUGGUCCAAUAAGAAAUAAUUAUGUUAAUAAUGCUUUUUCUACUUUUGAGAAUUAUUUUAAUAUGUAAACUUGUGAGUUAAAAAAAUUGCAAAAUUAGCACAUGAAAAGAAAUUGAUGGUUUUAAGUAGUAGAAUAUAGUAAUGUAGGAAUCUGAGAGCAGAGAGUUUGGGACGAGGUGAAAAGGAAAAGACAACACCAAAUAGUGAUAUAUGAGAGAAAAUCUGUGCUUCAGUUUGAUCAAGGCCAUCUCUCCCAGCUCUGCUGGCACUGAAAGAAUGCAUCUGAUGUUGUCUCCAUUUUAGAUAAAGGAGAAAAUAAGGAGUGUUUGUGAAACUAAAUAAAACUAUAGUUAUCUUAAAACUAUGGUGGCCAUUAUCAAAUAGAAUGGUAUUUAGUAUCUAAAAGACCCAUUUCUUAUCUCUAAAAAAAUUAAAUUAUCAUAAACUUUAAAUCUCUAUUGUGGAAAGCUUCAUUUAAGUUUUUGGUGUGAAAAUUUUGUUACAAACUUAAGUGAAACAAAUCUGAAUGCUAGUACUGUUACAUAGAUUCCAAAAUUGAAUCCAUAAUUUUAAGGUAAUUAGUGGAUAUUUCAUAUUUUUAACCUUAGAUACCAUGUAUGAUGAAUAGGCCAAUUAUUUUGCCAAUUACAGAAAUUCAGAAGGUAAUAAAUAAAAACGACUGCUUUCUUAGUUGUGCUUAUAUAAGAAUGUUUUUUUAAAUCAGUUUUUAACUGGUUGCUUGAAAAUUUUUAUGUCUCAGUUUGUGAACUGUUUCUCUAAAUAUGCCAGUGAACCAUAGUUGAAAGACAAUAAACCAGAAAAUAGUCAACAUUUGGAACCAUUAGAGAUCACAAGGCUAUACCUCACAGUUUGCAUGGUUAAAAAAUUUAGUAUUGUUCAUAAAAUAAACUAAUUAUUUUUCCAAUAAUGUUAAAGAUAAUCAAAGCAAUACUUUCUAGAAUGUUUGGAUGCCAAGUUUUGCAAUGGCUAAGUUGGUGAGAGGGAAUGUUUUUAUAAUUGCACUGUAGGGAGAUACAAAUAGUGGUCAGUGAUUUGUAUGAAGAGUCACGUAAGUAGAUCAAGAAAGCCUCCAGAUCACUGGACACUCAUCUUUGUUCCUAUGGCAAUUCAUAUGAUGUUUUGGAAAAAAACACUCCCUCAAAAUAUAUUUUUUCUGCCUAUCCUUCAUUUCUGUAUGUUCCCUUACAGAAUUUAGUAUUCAUCAGGAAUGCUUACUACAAUCUCCGACUUCCCCAUGUCUCUGUUAUGCUGCAGAGAUGUUGCUCAUUGUCUCUCUAGACAUUUUUACUCAAGAAAGCACUUUAAUUUUAGUCUUUGUGUCCUACACAAUUCACAAGAUUUCGGGAAUGUGAACCCUCCGAAAAUUUUUGUGCCUAUUGUUCUGAUUGGCAGCAGAGUGAUCAAAACUGAACUAAAAUUAAAAGAUGAACGUCAGAAAUUAAAUACAAUUUUGUUUUCCAUGUUUUAUUUUAUCUUAUUUUUUUUUAAUAUUUGGUGCUGCUUUGGAGGCCAGAUGCUUUCUGGAGGUGCUUUACACAGAUAAUGGAUACCAGUAUAUAGUACAACAUUAAGUGAGAUAUGCUUGGAUUAAAUGCUAUCAUCUUAAUAUUUUUAUUAAAGUAAACAAUGAAAGGUUUGAUUAGAAAUAGAGCAGUUUCUUAGGUGCUUAAAAUAACUAUGUAUAUACUAUGCUAUUUUCAGACUGAUGUUGAAUUUCAUUUAAAUGCAUUUAUGUUAAUGUUAAGAAAAUAGAAUAUAAAUCUUUAUUUUUCUCUUUUAUUCUUUUUCAUUAUUUUAUUCCUGAAAAUUGAAUUCAGGGCUUUUAAAUAUCAGGCAAGUACUAUGCUUCUGAGCUACACUCUAGUUCAGAAUAUAAUUUAAAGUUUAAAUAUUCAACUAAUUAUCAAGAUACUAUACAUUAAACAUAAAUUUAAAAAGAUAAAGUAAAAUAAAAGCUAAAACGUUCUUUUUGUUUUAAACAUGCAAGUUUUAUUAGUUUACAUAUAGAACUCCAUUAAAUAAAAUAAUAUAAUUACAAUACUACUUUAAAUUAGGAAACCCCACAUUACAGUUAAAGACUAGUUUACACAGUUUAAUUUUCUAUGUUCAAAGCACUAACGUUGUAAGAUGCUGUUAGAAAAUGCUUUAUUUGAGGCUAUAGAUAAUAAUUGUCUGAUUAGUGAUUUGUUGCUUAUUGUCUCUGAUUUAAUUGUCAGUUCUUUGCCUAUUGUAUCUAGAACAAUGUUUCCAGUUUUAUUUUCCAUUAUCAGAGACUGAAUUUGUAGGCAUAAAGCAGCUCUUAUCACUCAAUGUACUGUAAUCUAUUGUUUUCAAUGAAUAAAACAUAGUUCUCAAUGA